GGGGGAUGAAAGGCCGUGGCACGUCAGUCUAUAAGUGUUAGCUCCCUAACUUGACGGCGUGUUCGUGUUUGUUUUGGAAAAGUGCAACCCUUCGACGGCUUUCGAAGUGUUUUGGACUUGGCUAGAGACAAGGAGGCUUGCAAAUCGUUUUUUGGGGGGAGGGGGGGGGGGCGUUGUUGGGGGAUGAUCGUAGCCCCACGGCUUGUAUUCGCUAACGGGGCCAGGCUAGUUGUUAACUUUAACUAGCGGUUGCUUCAACGUCGUUUUGUUUUACUUUUAAGCCACCGCGCGUUCGGGGUUAUCCGUCAAAAUAAUGUUAUUUUACACGGGGUUAUAGAUGACAGUCCUUGAGAGGCUUUUACUGCGCACCGAGCUAGCUGGCUGGCUACUCCCGCUGCCACAACGCUUCCCCUCGGACGCUGGUGUGUCUUUUGUGGGCUACCUGAUCUCCCUCGGCUUAAACAGCUAGCUCACGUUAGCUAGCAUACCGCUCGCCCGAGCAAGCGGGCUAAUAUUGCGGGAGUCUCAAAACGGAAUAACCACCCGGCUCAAUGGACCACAUGUCCAUAAUAACCCAAGUUUCCAAUCCGAAGGAGGAGGAAAUAAUAUCCCUCAACCAGGAAAAAGCAUCCCAGUCCAACAGCAGCCUAAAGAAACAGAGGAGCCGGAGCAUCUUCAGCACAUUCUUCUGCUGCUUCCGCAACUACAAUGUGGAAGCGCCAGCAACCAAUAGCAAUGCAGCGACCUUGCUGCCACCUCCACCUGAGGAGAACGGAUCGCCCCCGAAGUGUGACCAGGUCGAGGUCCUCCCUGUCCCUAGUCCACCAGCCAAAUACCUCCUACCAGAGGUGAAAAUAUCAGACUACGGUAAAAAGUGUGUUGUCAUCGACUUGGAUGAAACUCUGGUCCACAGCUCAUUUAAGCCAAUCAGCAAUGCAGAUUUUAUUGUUCCCGUGGAGAUCGAUGGCACAGUUCAUCAGGUGUAUGUGCUGAAACGACCUCACGUGGACGAAUUUCUGCAAAAGAUGGGAGAGCUCUUUGAGUGUGUGCUCUUCACAGCCAGUCUGGCAAAGUACGCAGACCCCGUGGCAGACCUGCUGGACCAGUGGGGCGUGUUCAGAGCGCGACUCUUCAGAGAGUCCUGCGUGUUCCACAGAGGCAACUACGUUAAGGACCUCAGCCGGCUCGGACGAGAGCUCGGCAACGUCAUCAUAGUUGACAACUCGCCUGCCUCGUACAUUUUUCACCCAGAAAAUGCUGUCCCAGUCCAGUCAUGGUUUGACGACAUGAAUGACACAGAGCUGCUGGACCUGCUGCCUGUCUUUGAGGGACUGAGCAAAGAAGAGGAGGUUUACGGGGCCCUCCAGGAUCUGAGAGGCAGGUAGCAUCUGGACUCGCCAUCCCCCUCGUCCGACCCGACUCACCACUGAGGCUUUCCCCCAACGAUGCUCUCGUCCCCUGGUGAGUGCCCUCCCAAAUGAGAAAAAAUACACUUAAUUAACCACGGACACUGUGUGUAACAAAAACAAGUCAAAAAAUCAAUCAGAAGAAGAUCUGAAGUUGACACCAUUGGUGGCAAAAUACUCAAAGGAAUGAACUCUGGUCUUUAUUUUCAAACCAACAAAGUUUUCCUAUUUGGUUAAGUGCUUCAAGCCAAACAAAACAAAGAAAAGAAAAGAAAAGAAAAAAAAAUCAACUUUUUGUUUGACAAUUCUUAUGUGGAACCGCACAAAGGUAGUAAAAGAUUUUGUCCUUGUGCUGUCGCUAUGCAGGCAGUUUUUGGUGGCGGAAAGGACUGUGACUUUUCUUACGGAAUGAAGUGCCUUGUGUGCGAGUGUUGUUUCUACGGGGAACCCUUUUCUAUAUGGCAUAUUCCCCGAGUGCUCCUGUUUUUUCACACGAUAUACUUUCGGGUGGACACACAAGUGUCACAUCUCCCCUGCAUUUUUUUCAAUCAUCAAUUUUUCCUUUCUGAAUUCCUGUGCCAUGUUGUAGACGUGUCUUUCUGCUUUCAUUGUAUCACAUAGAGCAAGUUGAUUUGGUUUAGGCAAAGUUUGCAACUGUAAACCAGACUAUCUCAGCUGCAAGUUUUUUUUUUGUGGUUUUAAUCUUGAAACUAAAAUGUGCCAAUAUAUUAUUUUGGUUGGUCCCUUUUGGUUGCCAAAUUAUGGACUACUUUUAAUGGAUUUAUGUUGAACAGGCUGAUAGUUAGUAUUGCAUUAUUGGUUUUAUUAAUUUAAUAGCUGUUAAAUGAAUGCUCAUGCUUUUAAAAUUCUACCAUUUGUUAUUGUUUUGUUUGUCAGUGUCAGCAUUUAAGCCAACCUUUGCAUUCUGCACAUUGCUGCAGCUGAAUCCACAUUUGUUUUGUAUGUAUUUUUAUUGUGUUUUUCAACCUCCCUUCCAAAACUGUACAGUUGGGGUCAAGUGCCAUCUUCUAUCUAUUCCCAUGAGGUUAGCAUCUUCUAGCGUCGAGUCAGGCCUGGACUGAUCACCCCCUUUUCUUCCUGGUCAAGUUGGAGUCGAGAUGUGCAUGUUUGUACAUGCGUGUGGCGUUUACUUUCACAGACUCUUUUGAACUGCUCUUCACCUCAGUGCCUGUUUGAGAGAAGCCACGCACACCGAUUGCCGCAACAUUUGCUACCACGGCAAUAACCUUUUUCUUUGGAAAGGUGUCUUCAGGGGUUUGAAUCCCAAUUGUUGAGCUCGUGUGCCGAGAACUAACACACUUAACACCCCCCCGCCCCGUACAAAUAUGGUUGGGCUGGCCCAUGCGAGUCUCAGUACAGUUCCGUUAUUGUGAACAAAUUCAUACCGUACUGAUUUUUUAUUUUUAUUUUAAGGUUCCCAAAAUAUUACAGGAAUAAGUGGUUUGGAUAAUGCACGAAUGAAUGAUUAUUUGUGCUGUUGGGACAGUAGCCAAACAAAGGUUGUCACUCUUCAUUGCCAUAGUAAUCAUCCCUCGAAAACCUUCAAAUGGCUGCUCAGUCCCGGAUUUGCUAUAACGCUACUGGGUCACCUCAUGCAAUUGCUGCCUUCUGCCUGUGGAAGGGUAAUGCCAUUUUUACCAAUUUGACUCAUGGAUCGAAAAACUAUAUUGAUUUGAAACGUCUACAUUCAUUUUCAAGGUGAAAGGCUGCUGCUCCUCCAGACAUCUUCUCCUUUGUUUGUGAUGCGAGUGAGCGUUUUGUUCACGACGGUUUGUGUGCAAUGUUCUUUUUCUAAGACGUAUCAACCCGCAGAUGAAUUAUUUGCUCUGAAAAAUGUUUGUAUCAUUGUGAUAUUUUUCUACCUUUUGUCAGUAUUGCAUUGAAAAAGUCAUUCAUAAUCCCAUCCUCACUCACAUCAAGCGUAUUUGAUCCUACUCGACUUCUCUGUCAGGUUUUUCUUUUCUAUUCACAAGAUGUGUGUGUGUGUGUGUGUGUGUGUGUGUGUGUUAACUGCUUUUCUUUUGGGUGUCACCUCACUUCAAAAAUUCAUCAGUUGGUUUAUGAAUUUGACACCAACGUUCUAAAACACUUGACUGUGCUUAUGUUUGGUUGGUGUAGGUCGAGAGGGGUGGUGGAAUUCUCAGUUUUAAUGCUUUUCCACUUCUUCGGUAUGUCUGUGUACUGUCACCCUGAGCGUCAUUUCUAUCCACAAUAAAAGGCUACAUUGGAACAAAUUU